GCGGUAGUGAGUGUUGCAACCGAGCACAGAUGAUUUUUAUGCGCUUCAGCACUUGGCGGUCCCGUUCUGUGAGCUUGUGUGGCCUACCACUUCACUUCGCGGCUGAGCCCUUGUUGCUCCUAGAUCUUUCCACUUCACAAUAACAGAGCUUACAGUUGAGUGGGGCAGCUCAGGGCAGAAAUCUGACAGACUUACUUGUUGGAAAGAUAGCAUCCUAUGACGGUGCCAUGUUUAAAGUCACCGAGCUCUUCAGUAAGGCCAUUCUACUGCCAAUGAUAGUCUAUGGAGAUUGCAUGGCUCUGUGCUAAACUUUAUACACCUGUCAGCAACGGGUGUGGCUGAAAUAGCCAAAUCCACUUAUUUGAAGGGGUGUCCACAUUCCUUUGUAUAUUUAGUGUAAAUCAGAUGCAUUAUAGGACUUAUCAUGGACAAACCUUAUUAAAUGACAUUAUAAAGGCUAAUACAUGGUUAUAGCAAGUUAUAAAGCAUUAUACCUGCAAUAUGUUAUAUACCUGCAGGCUGUUACCCAGUGCUAAAGUAAAAGUAAAGUGUCACUCAUAUUAUGAUCUAAUAAAAAUGUAUUUAAUUCUACCACCUACAAACCCCAAAUUUAGCACCUGUGUGUAUUUUGGUGGUUGUGGUAUAGUUACCAUGGGAAUGUUUCUCAGAUGGAUUCUAUGAGGGGACGAGGGUUAGAGUGUCUGGGGAGCCCAGUGUGUUUUUUUGAGGGAAGGAAACAUUGUUGUUUUUAUUUAGCCAGGUCAGCCGUGUAGAAACAGACCUCGGCAUUAGAGUGGGAUUUACACUGAGAAGGAGGCAGCCAUUUUCCAACUCACUCAGCCCACAUUAUAAAAGAAACACCCUACAGCACUGCAGGCAACAGUAAACGCUCGGGCAAUAACCUGCGCUUUGAAGUUUGGCAAUUAUUCAAAUCCAUCCACAUUUUUAUUUUGCCCACUCAAAGGGGAGGUGGGAGGAUGCAAGGAGUUUUGGUGUAUGAUUUGGUUUAGACAUGUGUAUGAUAAAAGGGACUUUGAAGUUCAUAUGAAAAAUAUGUAAAUGACAUGUUGGUUACUUCUGUUGAGGUGAUUGACGCAACAGAUGCAAACGCUGAUAGAUUGCCAAUAGCUUUUUUAAUAUAGUUUUUUUUUUUUUACAUGAGAUUACCAUAAUAGGAAAGCAGUGUGAGUGAAGCUAGCACAGAGCUCUACCAAUUAUUUAAUGAAGUAUCUUCAACUUUGAUCCUUUAUAAGAGGCCAUUUUGCUGCCCUCAUCCUACUUCCCUAAUUCUACUCUUUUGUUUUAACAGCAUUCUUGUUGGUACUUAUGUAUUUAUUGCAUUACAUUGGUUUGUUUGCAAGCCCUCGGAGUCACGUUGUAUAAAGGUAAUUGCAAUGUUGUGGUUAAGUAGCCAUAGCAACAUUUAAAAAUAUAUAUAUAAUCUUGCUUGUUAUAACAUUUUACAUUAAGACACUGAAAAACAAUCCUCAUUACUUUCCAUUGAGCAAGUUGUAGGGGUUGGACCAAAAGACCGUCCUAUUAAGUUUAUACUGUAGGCAGUAAAAUGUGUGUGUCUUUGUGUGGUAUGUAAAGGGGAGGAGGGGGACUCCUUUCCAGCAAAAUCAAGGAAGGAAGUUGUCUAAGACUUAACUGGCAGAAAUAAUGAAACUGAAAAAAGAAGAGGAAACUUGAAAAAAUGCAGGAAUAUUUCAAAUUUCCUGUUGGGAAAAAAUAACCAAAAUUAAAAGUAAAACCUUUGCUUAUCUUUUCACACUACGCAUCUUAAUCAAAUGUAUUAAAAUCAUUUUUAAUAAUCAGAUUUUUUAAAAUAUUUUUUGAUUUUAUAUAUUCAAAUUAUAUAUUCAUUUUGUCAGACAUACUUAAUAUAUAUUGGUAAAUGCCAAACAGCAAUUGCACCUAAAAUAUUGAUGCGCCGCAUAUGACCUAUGCAUCAAGUUAAGUGAUUAACUCUUCGUUAUAGUACAGUUCAGAGGGGACAGUCACAGUAGGCUUUACCUGUUCACCUUUUCUUGUUCUUACAACUUCAUCAUACGGUAACAUGUAUAUAGGAGGUCAAAUAGCAUUUAUAAGGCCAUUUCCACAUGAUACCAUAGGUACAGUAUAUACUGCCUUCUAUAUAAGGUGAACACAUUUUGAAGUUUAUCUGUAUUUAAAGCAGGCCUGACAUCUGUGUGACAUCGAUAUCCAUUGUUGCACUUUGCAUACAGGAAAAAAUGGCUAUUAGGAAAAUACCCAUUCAGCCUCAAACAUACUUUGGUUCAUGAGUAUUUAUAAAAAAGAAAGUAUUACAACAAAAAAAUACGUGAAUGAAAAGCGAACAUCUUGAUUUAGUAGAGAACCAGAUGGCUGCUUUGACAUUAAAAAGGCGCUUUGGCAUUUUGGAGAAGGCAGUUUCGGAAUGAUUUCCGAGGAACUUCCGCAAAACGCAGUACAAAGCCCACAGAUAUUUAAGCAAUAUCCAUUGCAAUUUACUGUUUUAUUUACAAACUGAAACAUAUGUCUCUGGACCUUUGGCUUCUUUUCCCUUUUCCCCACUCUCUUUCUUCUUCCUCUCUUUUACUGCUAAACCCUCUCUCUCUCUCUUCUCUCUCUCCUCUCUCUCUCCCCCCCCCCCCUCCUUUCUUUAUAAGUAACAUCAGGUGAUUAACCCCUUCACUUGGCAGCAGUACAGUAGGAUGGCCGACCUUCAGGUUCAAUCAAUGUUUGCCUCUCCGACUCUUUUGUUUUCUGUGUUGCUUCGCCCGUGGACCACAGAACCUUGCAUCUGAAACAUUUUAGGAGACACAUUUUUGCCGUUUAUAACACAAAGGGAUAUGCCAUGGCAGGGGCAGGCGUUUGAAGUGGCUUCAUAGGGAGAACCAGUACCAGAAAAUGUAGCUGAACAUAACUUUCGUAAGGUAAUCUAAUCUAAUGGAAAAGGGGCUUUGAUUUAACUUUAAAGUAUUGCGCUUUGAAGCUAGCUACAGAGUUACGUUGAUAUUUCUAAUGCAAUUGCUCUGUUCUACGAACGGUGAUACACAGGGCCUGGUCAGAGACAUCUUCUGGGUUCACUCUAAUGCGUUUGAUGUGUUCGGAUUGAAAUGAAUUCUCCUCAUGCCCAGUUGUUGCAGUGUGAUCCACCCACUCACUCAUCGAUGCAUUCCGACUCCUUGAGGGGUAGCAAUAGAUCACUAUCCAAUCACCCCCUCCACUGUAAUGUCUGUGAUCUAAGGUUACCUCAGUUGGAUGCACCAUCCAGAGACAUUCCCAUCUAUCAGAUGAUGGGACAUUUCUUAGAAGGGCCCAGCAAAUCAAAUCAAGUUUAUUUUAUAUAGCCCUUCGUACAUCAGCUAGUAUCUUGAAGUGUUGUACAGAAAAGCCUAAAACCCCAAACAGCAAGCAAUGCAGGUGUAGAAGCACAGUUUUGGUUUUGUCACACCGUUAAGAUAGAAACCUGCGUAAACCUUGUUCUAAUACUAGAUUUUCUGCAUAUUAAUACCAAUGGGCAAUGCUAGCUGGCUUAAUGUGCUGUACGUCAAGUAGUGAUAGGGCACUUGUUCAGUCUACGGUCAUUUUGUGACAAGUGUGAAAGGAGUUAGCAAUGCUAAUCUAGCUAAGGCUAGCUUUCACUACAUAGUUCUGCUUGGCUGUGAUUUGGAGUGAGCUAUGCUCACCUAGCCUAGCCUAACGUGCUCUAUAUAGUUCUGCUUGGCUGUGAACUCCGCCGGGACUGUUUGUAAUGUGCCAUGGAUGGACCCUGGGACUUAAACACUGUAAUCAGAGCCAGCGCAGGAUAUUGGCUAAAUUACACAUGAAAGCAGGGACAUUUAAGGGAAGCUUAAAUGCUAAAUAUUAUUAUAAAUUAUAGCCUAAUAUAGGGAGAUAAGUCUCAGGCAAACUGGAAUAACACAGGUUAGCACGCAGAAGUGGAGAAAAACCCCCGCUGCCAGAAAAAUACUUUCCGUGCUGCCUUGCUCUGUCCACACACACACAUGCGGCACAGCGACAAACUGUGUUUGUGUGUUUUCAAAGGGCCCGAUUUGCCAUAAGAAUACAUUGAUUUCAUUUCAUUAGCCAUCAAAAAGAAAAGUGGAGGAAAAAUCUAUUUUGCUGGCUGUUGAAGUGAAUAAAAAUGCCCCAGACCUGCCUCUCUCCCAGCUUCAAACCCCUCAACCCCUCAUCACUACUUAUACUCUAUAUCUAUAUACAUCACCGUUCCCCCUCGGUUCACCACCCCCAUCCUUCACCGCCAUGCACCCUCACUCUCCACCCACCCCCUCUAAGUCGAUACCCCACAGGAUGUCCUGCUCUACAGGGGGAAAUGGGUCCCAGAUGUCUGCUUGUGUCCCAUGGGCUCCAGAGGAGGGAUGGAGCAGCAGCGGUAGGAGGGAUGGAUAGGGGGAAUGGGGUGAGCGAACUUUUAAGGUGAGAAGUUUGGUGAAGGGUAUAUUCUCGGACUCAUUUUCAACGGGGACUAUAUUACGCAAUGCUUACAUGUUAUGAUAGAAGGUCCACAUGCCAUCGAUCAGUUGUCUCUCCUCAGAAUUUUCUAAGAACUUUACAGGAAGCCAGUAAUUGAAUUGACAGUAUUAUGGGUUUAAGAAAAGUUUUUUUCUUCGUUGCUCAAAAACUUCAAUAGUCCGUCCUCAUUCAACAUAUGCAUUCCUCAGUACAGUAUUUCACUACUAUGGAUCAGUUCGAACUAAACCAUAUGUGCCAAACUUAAAGUGGACAUUACGAUUGCCUGUGCUCCUCUUUGAUAUCGAAGCCAUCUCUAUAUACAGUGGGGGCUGAAAAUGUUUGAAAAUAAAUACUUCAAAUACUGAGGUAUAUUGUAUGCAAAAAAUUAAUAUUAUUUUAUGCUAAUACAAUUGUUCAGAUAAAUCGUUUUUUUCAAAAAGGUAGGGGUCAAAAUUAUUGACACCCCUUAAAGAUUCUUAUGACUAAAGUAGUCAACAAACUCUACACAUUUUUUGGGAGGAAUUAGAUUUUUGUUUUGGUUGUGUUUCAGAUUAUUUUGUGUCCAAUAGAAAUUCAUUAUAAAUAAUGUAUUUUGGAGUCACUUUUAUUAUAAAUAGGAAUAUAAUGUUUCUAAACACACAUUAAUAUGGAUAAUUACAGAUAUUCCUGAAUGAAUUGUGAAUAAUGAUGAGUGAGAAAUUACAGAGGGUCAAAGAUCAUACCCCCAAGACAUGCUAAUCUCCCCUGUUAUUUAUAGAUAAUGGUGUGAGGUUAGCAUGUCUAUAUUUAUAAUAAUAUUUAGAGGUGUCAAUAAAAAAUGUAUUACUUGUUAAACAACAUCUCUUUCUCUGAGUAAUUGUAUUAGUAUAAAAUAAUAUAAUUUUCUCAAUUUUUUGUAUUUGAAUUCUUUAUUUUUUACAGUCAUUAUUGCUCAUCUUUAUCAAGGGUGUCAAUCAUUUCAGACCCCACUGUAUAUCCUUUUGAUAUGGUGCAGUCUAUUUGCACCUACAGGAGAGGUUCGUUAUUACCCCCCAAAAAUAAAAGUCAAAAGAGAAACGGGCCGGAGUGUUUAGUGAAACAUUAUGUAGAGACUGACAAGGAAAUGAAAUGUGCAACAUCAAUCAGCCUAUGAGGACGGAGAUCAAACGGCCCUCCACACUCCUGCAUCUGGUUCUGUUUGGACUGGCCUUUCUUUUUUCUCUUCCCCUCCUUUCUUUUCCCUUCCUUUAUUCCUCUCCCAUUCUCUGUCCCUCUCUUUCUUUUCCCCUCUGUUCUGCGUGAGGGGUGCGUGUUCCAUGCUGUUCCUGUUAGGCUGUCGUUCGCUCAUUCUUUCCAUGAUGGUGGCAUGGAGGCAUGCUCGGCUAAGGUAAGCAACCCCGAGGUUAGCUCUGGACGGCCCAACACAACAAUGGCCUACGUGUCCCUCUUCACAAAUCCACUGUCUCCACCCGGAGGUUGGAGCCAAUUUACAUCUAAUUCCAGGGAAUUGACCUGGGAAUUUUGGUUGACAAUGUUAAAGGGCCUGUUGUGUAAAUAAGACCUGUUACAAUUCCAAUGUGAUGUUCACUUUGGCAACAAUGCAUUAUUAGCAUGUAUAAACCUUUAUAAUCUCUUAUAAUAAGGCUAUGUCAGAUUACAUAUCAACAUUUCAACAGACUGAAAUUGGCUGGUAUAUAGUCAGGAUCAAUAUGAGAUUAUUAUAAGACAUUAUAAGGGGGGUCAUACAUGAUCAUAACAAGUCUUACAUUGCAUUUGAACUGCACCCUAAUGCAUUAUACCUACAUGCUAAAGCACAGUGUUACCUCCACUUCAAUACCUUAGCUGCUGGAAUUCCUAUUCUGAGUUGAUUGAAGUUGAGUGGAGUUGAUCCCCAGCUCUUUUCAAUACCCCCAAAUGAAACGUACCCUUUGCAAUCACGGAGUUCACUAACCCCUCUCCAAAACCCCCUCUCGAAUUCUCUCUUUCUUUAAGUCCUGCUAUAAAACUGUCAUAACACAAAUAUAACAUCUGUCAUAACCUAAAAUUACAAUUCAUAUCAAUUACUAGUUAUUACUAACUAUUCAUGUCUACUGAUAUAUUUGAAAUCCACGAGAAGGCAUACAGAACUAUGUUCAUUGUCAAGAUUUUAAAUGGAAGUUUCUUUCUCAUUCACUUGUUGAAAUUUUUGCUAUCAACAGCUGUAACUAUAGACAAUGUUACGUAUUCUUUAUUUCUCAUCCACGGUAAGAAUAACUUUUGUAUUAUGAUAUAAGACAGCUGUUUUAAGCUAAUGUUACACAUUUAUAGGUUUGAUCUUGCAGAAAUCAAGAGUAAUGUUCCAGUAUUUUAAAUGGGAAAUCUUAAGGAUUGCACCUUUACUGAUGUGUAACAACACUCUCAUGUAUGAAACAGUUGGUUUUAAUGCAUAUUAUGUAAUUUUGUAUUUUUUUAUUUAACCUUUAUUUAUUAAUUAGGCAAGUCAGUUAAGAACAAAUUCUUAUUUUCAAUGACGGCCUACUGGGGAACAGUGGGUUAACUGCUUUAUUCAGGGUCAGAACGACAGAUUUUUACCUUGUCAGCUUUGGGAUUCAAUCCAGCAACCUUUCGGUUACUGGCCCAAUGCCUUAACCACUAGGCUACCUGCCCCCCCCCCAAAAAAGCAGUAUACAGAAAAUAGUCAUCCUAUUUGUUUCAGUUUGAGUAGAUAUAGAUCCUUGACAUAUUGACAAUUCUAUGUGUGUGUGUGCGUGCGCUUCUACGUGCAUUUGUAUGAGUGUGUGUGUUGUCCUUUGUGGUGUGGCCCUGCAAGCCCAGAUGUGUGUUCCCCUGGGUUACUGGUGUGGAGAGAGAACAUGUGUCUACUCCACCAGAGGGCAUGGAUGGCAUAAUUAGCAGCCCUCUCACCUUAGUGGUCACAGGGUCAGAGCUUAUACAGGGUCAGAGCUGGGCCAGCCCAAUGGCUACAUCUCUCCCAUAUAGUGAUUGCAGUGGAUAAAAUGGUGACACCCAUUGUAGUUAUUCAAUUUCUAUGGGAUAAUGAUGGGAAUAUUAAUACAGUAGAUUUACCUGUCUGUUUUGAAAAGUUCUUUAGAAAUUCAUAUCUUGACUGAUCUUAAUGUACUUUUGAUUUACUAGGUUGUGUGGCAUAUUUUCUAUUUUUAUACCGAGAAAAUGUUAAUUCUCUGUGGCAGUAUGGUAUUAAGGUUUAAAGGUCACGAACAGGCAAAAUCAUGUUUAAUGAAAUUGGAUAAUACUUGAAGGAAACCAGAUCAAAGUAUAAAGACCUAAGUAUGAAAAAUGACUGUUGCUUCUACAUUGAUAAAGUUUGAUCAUAAAGUUACUGGUCUCCUCCCCAAUGUCAAACACUUGGAUUCAUAAUUAAGGUGACAUCACCUUAACUCUCAUUUGAAUACACCAAUGUUAACAUGAUCUUACCUAAUUUAAAUAAGUACCGCCUUGAAACCAACAUCGGAGAAGGCGUGUUUGCAGAGGGGCGCGGUUUAAAUAGCCUAACAGCUACUCUACUCAUGCCAAAAUUUCACUAUAGGGAGUCAACAAAUAUAAUACAAAUUGAUCUAUUCAUCUAUGGCAAAGAUACUUAUAUGUUUGAGCUUUCAUCUGUGUCUGGUGUUAGAUAGUUACAGGCUGGCUAGGUCUUCAGACAGCAUGGAACAAAGGGGGGGGGUCUUUCAAAACUCAGACGCAGUUGUCCAGUCAACACAUCCAUGAGUGCUGCUAUGAACCAUAUCACAAGAGACAUGUUAAACGGGAGAUGUAGAAAACCUACGUAUAAUUGAUGCAAUUUCAACGUUUUUUCGAGUUGUUUUGCGUACCACCACAUUUGCUUGAGAUGAUUUCACUGCAAGACUGCGUCCAAGUUGCUUGACAUUUUCCAAGAGCUGUCAGUCGAGGCCAGCUCCCGCCCACUCAGUAUUUUCACAAUGACUGUUCAGGACUUUUAAAAUAAUCAUCACAGUGUUUUUUUUUUUUUUAAGCUUGUGUGAGUUGUCUUGGUGAAUUUUCUAUUGAGGUAUUUUGUACACAGAAACGCAAGAUCACAACGUUUAUGUGAAAAUACGUCUAAAGAUAUUGAUCCACAUGUUAUAUUCCCCGACUGGCACUGAGGAGUGACCCUUGGCUCGAGGGAUGUGUUUUUAUAGUAUCAUGUGAUAGAUAUUAACUAUGGCACACAAAUAUUAGGGAGAUCACUUUGACCCACUUAAUGAAUAAUGAACACUUAAUAAUAUAUCUUUAUAUAGAAAACUGUAGUCCUUGAGAUAUCAUGCAUAAAAUGUUUUCAGUGUAAACUUAGUUUUAGGUAUUACAUCGACUUAAUCUUCACAUACCAAAGCAUUCACAUGUAAGCAUACUCAUGCAGUACCCAACACAGUGGCUUUUAUCGUCCCCCUUAAUCAACAAAGAAAAUGUUUCAUGUCUUAGAAGUUGAAGUGCAUAACAGACCUAUGAGUCUCAAAGCAUGUAAUUAAUUGAUGAGGAGAGAGACAAGAGACAAACAGACAAGCGGGUGCAGGAGAAAGCCAGGAGUGCUCCAGCAGCAGAAAUCUGGAACCUAUAAAGACGUGGACAACUUCAGCAGCUUUAACAAGGCCUCUCGCAAUUGGCUGAGAAGGCUACUUACCCCCUUUUAAGCCAUCCACCAACCUCAAGCUCACUUCCUGCUUCCAAACCACACCCAAAGAAGCCGGUGCUGGCCAAUCGCAGCUGCCCGCAGGCCCAGAGUAUGUGGGCGAGUAUAAAGGGACAGGAGUUAGCCCAGCAAAGCAGAUGGUUUGUUGUUGUUCUGCAUGCAGGUUGAGGAGAUGGGAAACUGUAGGUGAGGAAUUCAGCAAAGAGACACAGAAGCUUUGACUGGGAGUAAAGCCAAAACCUAUGGAUCUUCAACAGAUUGCAGAUUAGAAGCGUGAAGUGUAUCGGCCUCAUUCCUCUUGGUUUCACUGGAGGAAGAAGACUUCUAGGCCUUUGACUUUCUAUCAGAACUUCCUGGGAUAACGGUUGUCCCACACGGCUAUCUGAAGAAGAGAAAAGACAGGGAAAGAGAGAAAUAAAGAGCAAAAACCACCCUGCCUCGGAAGGGGAAGAAGGACGGUGGUCCUAAGAGGGAGGAGGAGAUGCGCGAGGAGGUGUCCUGCGCCAACUCCCCCGAGGGGGGGCUGGGGGCCAGCGAGGAGGAGCUGGAGAGGGGCUCCAAGAAGAGCGGGCAAACAGGGGGCCGAAAGCGGGUGCCGUACCACAAGAAAGACAAUCUGGGUCGGGCCGAGGAGAGGGCCGUUGUCAGCGGGAGCCCCAACAGCCUGGUUCCGUCGGGGCCCAAGCGGCAGAAGAAGCAACAGAACUCCCCCACGGCGGUGGUGUGUGUGGCCCCGUCCUCGCUGGGCUCCAACGGCCUCGGCUUAGGCUCGGGCGGCGAGCCCUUCGAGGACCUGCACACGCAGCGAGUGAUCGCCAACGUGCGCGAGCGCCAGCGUACGCAGUCGCUGAACGACGCCUUCGCCUCGCUGCGUAAGAUCAUUCCCACGCUGCCAUCGGACAAGCUGAGCAAGAUUCAGAUCCUGAAGCUAGCGUCGCGCUACAUCGACUUCCUCUACCAGGUACUGCAGAGCGAUGAGAUGGACGCCAAGCUGGCCAGCUGCAACUACUUGGCCCACGAACGGCUCAGCUAUGCCUUUUCCGUCUGGAGGAUGGAGGGCGCCUGGGCCAUGUCGGCCAGCCACUAGUGUCCCCUAUCUGUCCUGCUCUACCCGUCCUGUUCUGUCCUAACCCCACUAUCUCUGUCCUCCACCUAAGCCACUAUCUCUGCCCCCUCUUGUAACCCCUAACCCACUAUCGAUGUAACCCCUAAAGCCACCAUCUCUGUCCUCCUUUAAGCCAUUAUCUCUGCCCCUCCUAACUACAACCCAGAGUCACUGUUCACUCCCCAACCUUUUUACCCAUUCUGUCCCAACGUGUCGCUCACCUGUCCAUUGCCCCAUCAAUCCCACCAUACCCGUUCACCAUUCGACAUUGCCCCUCCCCUUCCACCUCAAAUGCCCCCUGACAAUGUAGCCCCUAACUCCGCAAGCGUCUACGGUGCACCCCUGCAGGAAGGACGCCAAAUGGAUGGACUCAUCUCCCUCUCUUAAAAAGGUCUGUUCCUGUCGAACCAGUAGCUCCCCCCGCUAUACCCUUAUCUCUCCUUCUCUGGAAGCCCUGCCCCACAGACAUGGGCAUUGGACCGGACACAUGCUUCGGUUUACGGACAGAUAUCCAGUCGACUCUCCUUUUGCAGCCUGACAGACAGUAUGAUAAUGCCAAACAUACAGUAUGUGACAAACUUCGGAACUGAAGUGAUGAGGAUACUUAAGGGUCACACGAUGAACUUUCUGUACGUUAAAAAAACGUCCAACGCAUCGGCCUGUGGCGUGACGAUGAUCCGCCAUUUUUAUGCCACUUCAAAGACUCUUUAAAAGAGGAAGAUUCUUUGACAACUGAGAUGACUUAUGAUCGUGAUAAUUACAAUGAUGAUCAUCAUAAGGAUGCCAAAGUAAUCGGUAGCUGGUGUUCCCAGCCCAAUGAAUGUUUACAGCAAAGAUGCUUAUAAGCUUUUGGCUUUUCGACCUCAAAUGUGUAGGUAGGAAAAGCCAAAGAAGCCUGACACACAUUUUCAGCAGUUGUAUAAACUAAUCUGCUUGACUUCUGUUGCCUUGUACAUGUAUUUCUCUGUUGCAUUAUUUCCCUUCAUAGCGAAUGGAUUUAGCAUGUGCAUAUGCAUUUUACAUUAUAAUGACUUUAUAUUAGAAUAAUUAAGCAAUAAUCUAUGCAGGCAACCUGUAAUACAUGAGUAAUGCACACAGUUUUGUAGCAUGCACAGAUUAUGGAUAGAUUAGACAUAGACAUAGCGGAUAGAUUCCCCUAAGGUCUUUCUGAUAUAUUGUUAUUUGUCCGUAGGAUUUAAGUAUGAAAAUGUAAUAUUCAAAACAACAAUGAAAUAAUACAUUAGAAAAAGAGUAACAGAUAACAUUUUGUCGUACAUUGUACAAGUUAACGGUUUAGUAGUUUUAAAUGCAAGAUGAGAGGAAAAUAUAGUUUGAAUAUUGUAAGUUUAGUAAUUCCUCAGGAUUUCUCGUUAAGAUGGUACUAUGCACAUACUGCAAUACACUAUCAGUAAAUUGAGAAUGUAUUAAGAAUGGAAAACAGUGCCGUGUACUUCUUAAAAAUAUUUGAUAAAUUCAGAUUUUGUGCUACUGGGUAUUGUUAGGUCGCGGCAAUGUUAUCUGAUGUACUGUCGCCAGGAAAUGUAUUUUGUCAGUAUUUUUUCAUCCUAAUGCUCAGCUGUAGUUCUUAGAAGAUUUUUUUUUGUCUCCAGCUUUUCAUUACAUGAGCUCCUGUGGAAAAUAAGAAUAAAUGCUGUUUUAAUAAAAUACCA